ACUACUCCAAGGCCAACAACUACAACGUGCACAACAACUACCACUACUCCAAAAACAACCACAACAACUACUUCAAGAACCACAACAACUACAACGUGCACAACAACUACCACUACUCCAAAAACAACAACAACAAAUACUCCAAGAACCACAACAACUACAACGUGCACAAUAACUACCACUACUGCAAGUACAACCACCACAACAACUACAAUGUGCACAACAACUACCACACCAAGGACAACAACAACUACGAUACCGAACACAACCACCACAACAACACCAACUACUACGCCGUGCACAGAAAAACAAACGACAUCUCCACCAACAACACCUUGUAUAACAACCCCUGCACCAACACCAUGUCCCAGCUCAUUGUCCAUCAAUAUUAACAGUAAACCAUUGUCYUCCCCACAGGGUAUGUUCUCGAACAUAGAUAACUAUUUGGAGAGCAUUUGCUCAGAUAAGAGGAACGGCUUUUUGUUACCUUCGUUGAGAAAUUGCAAUGAUUACUACGUCUGCCGCAAUGGAGUUGCUGUCGAACUCAGCUGUGCUAAACUUCAUUUCAAUCCAUUGAAGGGUGUCUGUGAUCGACCUGAAUAUGCUGGUUGUCUCCUUGCUUAAAAGGUUAUUUUCAAGCCCAGUAAUUAUUGAAAGAGAAAUUUGCGAUUAAGAAACCCUCACUAUACACACACAUAUAUAUUCUUCUAAAUAAAUGUAAAAUGUGCUGCCUGAAAUAAAUGACUUCGCUACUAUUA